UGAACAAACUCUGUUUUGAGUAAAACACAGUCGUCGAGACAUCUCAGAAACGCGAAAGUCAUGAGCAAGAAGCAGUGGACUCUUCUCAAGAUCCUCUUAGCUCUCUUUGCUUUAAACUCCAUCUCUCUUUACUUUUACUUCGCCUCCAGCCACCACAACCACCACCGGUACCUUGAUGAAAACUGUCGCGACACGACGGCUGAGGGUUUUCCCGGAAUGAUCCCACACCGUGGACCUCACUUGUCGAAGCCCUGGCCGAUCAUCCGAUCGUAUCUUCCCUGGUCUUUGACCUCCAACGCAGCUCCAAAGUCAUGCGAAGCUUAUUUCGGGAAUGGGUUUACAAAGGUAGCUGAUGUUCUGUUCCCAAAAGCCACCGUGAGUUCAGGGUCGAGUUGGUUCAGGUGUCAUUACUCCGAGACCUUGAAAAGUUCGGUCUGUGAAGGUGGGAAGAUAAGGAUCGAUCCCGAGAAGAUUAAGAUGUCGAGAGGAGGUGAAAAGCUGGAAGAUGUUAUUGGGAGAACUGAAGAAGAAGAAUUGCCUGAGUUCGAAGAUGGAGCUUUACAGGUUGAAGUUCAAGGAGGAGGACCGAGGUUAAAGGGAAAGAAGCUUGUUGGGGGUGAGUUUUUGGACCAAUUCUUGCCUGUUGGGAAUGUUUUGAAGCAUACCAUGAGGGAAUUAGUGAAGUCUAUUGUUGUUAUGGAUGAAAGUGAUUUUACUUGCCAAGAGUGGGUAGAGGAGCCUACACUUCUGAUAACAAGAUUAGAGUAUUCAAACCUUUUCCACACCGUGUCGGAUUGGUACAGUGCGUAUGUUUAUUCUAGGGUUUCCGGCUUGCCGAAUCAGCUGCAUUUGGUCUUUGUGGAUGGUCAUUGUGAGGUAUACAUGCUCAGUAGUCCAUAUUCGGUCUCUAUUAAUGUCACCUUUCUUCUCUUUAGAAUAUCAUCGUUCUUUCAUUGCCAUGUUUAUCCAUUCAUUAUGUACAAUAAUUAAUGAGAAAAAUAUCAAUGUUUUCAUGUUGGACGGUCGUCCUUUCUGGUCCGAAUGAAAUGAAGUGAGAGUGUUUGAAGAUAGGAUCGGAAGGAAUCUUCGGUUAGUGAGUGUUUCUCGACGAUCU